ACCGUCUCCUUGCAGUGUCAUUUCCUUGGUACAGUGCUUCAUGGCAGCUAUGGUCUCAGGUGUUUGGGUCAGAGUUCUGUGUAUUUUCUGUUUGAUCGUGGUGCCAGAAGCUUGGGCGGAUCGUUGCACUUCAUACACAGAUUCACAAGAUAAAUACCAUGAUUCGAAGUUAUGUGAAAAGUAUUGCUGUGGAAAAUGCAGUAAUAAAUAUUGCUGCAAAAACAAAAAUGAGCGUUUCACUGAAGAGCAGCAGGCCAACUGUCCAGACUUGACUACCUACACUCCAGGCACUCACAAUAUUGUGGUUGUAGCAAGCAUUAUUGCUGCAGUUAUUUUCAUCCUCAUCUGUGUGUGUCUUAUCAUCUGCUGUGUGGCUCCUUGUUGCUUGUGCUACAAAUUGUGCAGAAAACCACGCAACCAAAGACAGAUAGUGGUAACAAACACUGCAGCCAACAUGCCCCAGCCUCACUCCUCACCAUCUGCAUAUCAAGCACAUCCUCCAGGUUACCAGGCGGUGGCAGGAUGCGAGGGCUCCACUCUGCCCUCCACCCCGCCACCAUCAUAUAGAGAAAGCAUUUCUCCAUCGUACUCAGCUCCUUUUGUACCAGAGCAGGCGAUGUACCCACUCACUCCUCCCAGUCAGCCCAGUGCACCUCCUCUACCUUCAGAUGAAAUUGCACAGCCCCCCUACAAUCCUACAUACAGACCACAACAUUGAUCUGAAAGCUUGCUACUGAAUUAAAAUGUAUGUCUCAAAGUCAUAGUUGAAUCAUUUUGGUGUUGUCAGUGUCCUGAAAAACUCACUAUAUGGUGUUAAAUUAGAACUCAUUUACCCAUCAAUGUUUGUGGAGAACUGAGGAUGUACUGCUGAUUUAUUGGUGUGUGUGUUUGUGUAGCUGUUAUCUUUCUAGCGGACACUCUUGUGUAAAAUGUGAACAAAAGUCGGUUAUCCAGUUCACAUGCAAACAUUUUCACAUUAGGAUCAAAUUUACAGUCUACAUCUCUGCAGAAAAGUUCCAUUAGUUCUUGUUUUUUCUUUGUUAAUAUGUUGAUAUUUUGUUGCAAUAAAAGCAUUACAGACACAAUAUCCAUAAUGCUUUCAUGGAUAUUUCUACAUAAAGCAGAUGCGUGUUACAGAUACAGCUGCUGUAUAUAUAACUGAUAGACUGUAUGUUUACUUGAGGCUGUUUGUUUACUUAAAAAUUACAUAUCUCUCCUUUAGAUUUAAGAGUGAACUGACAGUGAAAGUACAUGCAAAACAAACAAAAAACGCGUUUACCUGACAUGACUGGGAUUCUUAUAGUGACCCAGCAGAGGGCGCCUCUGAGCCUUUUUUGUAAUUAUUUUUUUUCUAAACCUGUUUCUGCUUCGUGUUUUUCUCAGAUUUGUUCAGUUUAGCAUUGCAUUGUUGGGUGUUAAGUAAAUUUAUGGUCGCAAGGUCUGCAUUGUUAUAUUUCUAUUUGGUUACUAAAUAUUUGUAUAAACUCUGCAGAAGAUAAUGAGUAAACUUCUAUUUUUAAGAACAA